AAAAUACAUCCGCAAUUCAAUAUUCAUACAAAACCGUUUCUGACAACACGUAUAUGCGGUAACAGAACAUGAGAAACUCAGUUCGUUAAACCCUGCGUCGAGAUUCACGCGAAUAAAACUACUUUUAAAUAAAAAUUAAACUAAAUCAAAAAAUCUAUAAUACUCAAUUUAAAACCAGUGUUGUUUAUUAUUAUCUCAAUAUUAUCAUCUACAUUUUUUACUUAUGCUUACAUCCAGCUCGAAUAAUUGGGCAGUAAAGUAUAAUUGUCAAUUUAAAAGAAUAAGUUUAAUAAUAUAUUUAAUUAACCUGUGAUGUUGGUUAUAUCCUAAAUUAAAAUUUAAAUUUUUUAAAAAAAUACUUUAAUUACGAUAGAAAGAAUAAUCACAAUAAUUAUUAUUAUUAAAUUGUACCAGCAGCACACUCACUGAAAAUUAAUAUCAGAGAAGUUAACGCUCCCAUGCAGGAGCUGCCAGAGUUGAUCGAAGGGGCCCUCCUUGGCCCAGCACUGGGGAACCUAGAUUUGACACGUCAAUAUUGGCUUAGGCCAAGACUGUAUUCCCCUACCUUGGACAUUCAAUGGAAACCCAGGCUUGAGCGAAGGUUCGAAUUAAAAUUAAUUACAGAAUUGAAAUAGAGAGUGAGCCAAAAUUUGAAAAGACACAAUGCCGACGGUAUUUUUAGCCCGAUUGCCAGUACCUAGUUUUCGUGUUUAUACAGUAAUUAGUAUUGCUAUAUUGUCAUGCUCCAUAUAUUAUGCAGCACAAAUAGUAAAAGAUCCUGAAUGGCGUUCAAAUCAUACAAAUUUCACUCCCGGUGAUGAUAACAGUAAUGGAACCAAAACUGCCAAUGGAAAUGAUUUGAGGACAACAAGUAUGCACUUUAAAGAACUUCUUGCCUGUAUUAUUCAAGAACCCGUUUGUUUUUGGCCAUUAAUGAAUAUAGCAUACUGCGCUCUUAUUUUGCUGGGAAAAACAAUUCAAAAACUUGUUUUUGGUGAACUUAGAGCAUCAGAGAGGCAACAUCUUAAAGAUAAAUUUGGAAACUUUAUCUUUUACAAAUUUAUAUUUGUCUUCGGUGUUUUGAAUGUUCAAUAUGCUGAUGAGAUUGUUUUGUGGUGGGCUUGGUUCACUGCACUUGGAUUCCUCGGUCUUCUUUGUCAACUCUGUAAAGAUCGAUUUGUUUAUUUAUCUUUUUCACCCACGACACCAGGAUGGAGUCACGCGCGGCUUCUAGGACUACUUGCUGCAAUCCUGUCAUUGUCCUUGUUUAUGCUACUUAUAUCGACUGCAGCAGCCUUCUUUUUUGUGUCCUUCAAUACUUAUGCGUUCAUGGCAGCUGAGUGUAUCCUGUUGGCAGUUCGUACAAUUCACGUCAUGUUGAGGUACGCGAUUCAUCUGUACGACACUCGAUCAUCGCCCCGUUCAUCAUCAUCAGACAAACGUGGCCCAUUGGCUUAUUAUACUGAAUUAAUAUGUGAAUUAACUGUUCUUGCUGUUGAUUUUCUUCAUCACGUUCACAUGUUACUGUGGAGUAAUAUUUUAUUAAGCAUGGCGUCACUUGUAAUAUGCAUGCAAUUACGCUACUUAUUCCAUGAGAUUCAACGUAGAAUUACUAAACACAGAAAUUACCUCGCUGUAUUAAAUCAUAUGGAGCAGAAUUAUCCAAUGGCUGUACCAGAAGAACUUGCCGAAAAUUCUGACAACUGCGCAAUAUGCUGGGAAAAAAUGGACUCAGCGCGAAAAUUGCCCUGCAGUCAUCUCUUCCACAACUCAUGUUUGCAAUCUUGGUUAGAACAAGACACCUCAUGUCCAACAUGCAGGCUCGUAUUAAGUAUGCAAGCUAAUCGGCGUGAUAAUACAGCCGAAUUAAGGACAGAGUCACCCGAAUCACAAACAUCCGUUGGCAGAAAUGAUAAUCAUUUCUUCCACUUUGAUGGCUCGAGAUACGUGUCUUGGUUGCCAAGUUUCUCUGUUGAAGUUACGCAUAAUCGUUUACGAGGUGACAUUCUUACCUUGGCGCACAGUAAUUCUCAGCUGGAUGCUAUGGCAAGACAAGUGAUGCACUUGUUUCCUCAUUACCCGCGGAAUGUUGUGCUGGAAGAUCUCAGAAUUACUAGAUCUGUUGAGUUAACUGUAGAGAAUAUCUUAGACGGUAGAGUAACGCUACCGCACCAUGUUAUUGGGGAAAUUGAAGCUGAAACUUCAACUCAAACUCAAUCCAGUAAUAAUCACACUUUACCUAGUGUAGUUACUUCGAAGACGUGGGAUCCUAAGUUUGACAUACCUGUUGUUGAUAGAAUUCCCUCAAAUAAAAAAGAUAUAGUUGAAAUAGUGGAGAACCAAAUCGAAGAACAAUCAACUGUCGGUGGAAGAUUUUCAAAGUGUUCAAAUGAACGAGAAAGAAUAUUACAACGUCGUAAAGAGCACAUGUUGCUAACAGCAAGACGAAAGUAUCUCGAGAAACAUCGAAAAUCGGAAAUUGAGUCAACGUCAUCUGGAAGUUGUACUGAAAAUAUAAUUGAAUGUGCAUCUUAAAAAUAACCCGCACAUCAUUGUCAUUAUUUUAAAUUGAAUUUUUUUUUAAUUGAUAUUUCUUUUCUUUUCUUUUUUUUAAUAUUGAAUAAAAAAAUAAUAACCCUGGCGGAUCCGAAUUACGGCAAUUUACUGCAUUUAGCCGUAAUUUACCGUAAUAUUCGGUACUUUACAGUAUUCUACAGCGAAUAACAGUAAAAUACAACCAUUUCCGGUAUUUUUAUCGUAAGAACCGUAUGCAUUUUUAUUUUUACAAUUUUUUCGUGUAACCACCAAGAUUGCCGCACUUUCACGGUAAAUUACCGCUCUUUUACUGCAAAUUUACGGUAAAAAUAUCAUACUUUUGUCGUAGAAUAUCGUAAUUAACGGUGAGAUAAGGUGUUUGGCGAUCAAUUUCGGCAUUUUGCGAUAAUAUGCGGUAUUUAAUGGCAAAAGUACGGUAUAUAACAGAAAAAGGGCGGUAUUUUUACCGCAAAUUUGCAAGAAAAGAUCAGCAAUUUACCGUUAAAUUGCGACCCCUAUGGUACUUUACCGGAAAGUGACGUAUUGCACAUUAGAACUUAAAAAACAUACUGUGCUUGUGAUAAAAAUACCGUAAAUUACCUUUAGUAAUAGAAAUUGCCGAAAAAUACUGUAAACUACUGCGAAUUUCCAGUAGAAAUACUGUAGUCUAUGGUAAAUUACCGUAAUUCGGAUCCGUCAGAAAGAAACAAAAUCAAGUUUGUAAAGUUGUAAAGUGUAUUGUACACUGAAAAAAUUUAUAAAAUGAUAUUUAUGACGAUAUAUAUUCAUAUGAUGUUGAUGAUAUAUAUAUAUUUUUGUCAAUAAAGUAAGGGAGAAAAAAAAAUGAAUGGAAAACCGAGAAUUUUUAUAAAUCUAUCGAGCGUAUCGGGAUUUGAAUAAAAAUAAAAUCAUAAAUAAUGAUGAUGAAACGAUCUUAGUUAAUUGUUGACGUAAAUUAACUAGAGAUUAACGCCCUGAUUAAGAAAAAUAAUUUGCUCCAUGUUAAGUGUAUAUCUAUAUAUUAGUCGAUUCAAACUGUUUUAAAUUAUUUCUAAUUGCUUUGAAUUAUUCCCAAUCAUUUUUUUAAUCAGGACGUCUGAUCAUUUGCGGCAUCAACUUAAAUGUCGAUUUAACUGGCUAAAAUAAUAAAUAAAAGCAUACAUAUAGAAAUUUAAAUAAUAAACAAAGAACGGCUGUGUUUUUAUGGAAGAUUAAACUUAAAAAAAAUAAUCCGUACAUCAAAAUAACAAAUUACCAACAUGAUAUUUAAAAAGUUAUUAAUUUAAUAAAUUAAAUAUGUAAAUAAGAAAAGAUUUUAAAAUUCAGCCUUGCAUUGAAUCUGCACUGAUAAUUAUCACCAUAUUUUAUUUUUUUUUAUAGUCCCAAAAAAAUUAAAAGUUAAAUUACAAUGUCGAGCUUGUAUUUACUGAAAGAAAAAGAAAAUAAAAUAAAAUGUUUAUAAUUUAAAAAAGUAAGUAAAUGUUAAAGUUAUCAGCAGCUCAAAUAAAUCCGACCACUAGAACAGAUUAAAGACUAGUCUUUAAAUUCAAUAAUAUUAACUAUUUAUUCAAAUGUUUAUGAUACUUAAUUACUGAUUAUUUAUUUUAUAGAUUAUUUUUUAUAAUAAAUAUAACAAAUAUAAAAUCCACUAUAUUCAAUUUAUUUUAAUGUUUUUAAACAUUUAGAUGAUUAAAUGCCUUUAUAAUCAUAAUCAAAUUUUGUUCUAACGCCUGAAUAAUUAUUUACACAAGUCUGCUCUAAAAUGUUAUUUAUGUUUUUUUUUUUUUUUAUUAAUUCAAGUGUUCAAAAAUUUUAAAUUUAUUCAUACGUACCACAAUAUACUCUUUAUUAAAGACUUAAAUUAUUCAUAAAAAGUAAAUAAUUAUUAAAUAUGUUAAACUUUAUUAUUUAAAGAUAAAUGAUUUUAAUGAAAAUAACAUAAUCGAUAUGAUUGAAUAUUUAUAUCGAUGACUCUAAUGAACAUUUAUUAAAUGCGAAACAAGUCAUAAAUUUCUCGAGUUAUAAUCCAUAGUUUUAUUUUUAAACCGAUAACGAUAUUUCAGAGCAGUCUUUUCAAAAUGUUCUCAUACUUUAAACUAAAAUUAUUCCUAUGAAUAAUACACACUAUCAUUCAAAAUUAAAAACAUUUAAACAAACGCCAAUAAGUUUUUAAAUUCAAAAAUUGAUUACAAACUAUAAAAAUUGUAAAUUUAUUUUAAUAUGAAUCUACAUAAACAUUAAUAAGUACUUUAUUAAAACCCUAGUGGAUCUGAAUUACGGUAAUUUACCGCAUUUGCUGUAAUUCACCGUAAAAUACGGUAUUUCUACAGCUAAUUUAUCGCAGUUUACGGUAACUUACCGCCCUCUUACAGGAAUUCAACGGUAAAAAUGCCGUACUUCUGUCGUAAAAAGUUUAUCAUAGAAUACCGUAUUUUACCGUAAAUUACAAUGUUUGAACGUAAAGUGCAGCAUCUCACAGCAAAAGUACCGUGUUUUAACUGUAAAUCGAGGUAUUUUAUCGUAAAUUACGGUAUUUCAGCAUAAAUUAUUAUAUGUAUAUGUAAAAAGUGCGGCAUUUUACCGUAAUUUCGGGUAUUUUGCGGUAAAAUACCGACAUUAUUCCAAAUGCAAAAAAAUUACGACAAAUUACGGUAAUCACCGUAAUUUAUUGUAAUUCAUAUUCGCCAGGGUAAUUAUUGUUUUUAAAAAUUAGCCAGGCAGCUUGCAAUCGCUAGAAUUUAUUACUCGGCAAUAAAUCUGUCAAACGGCUGUCAUAAUUAUCCUCAAACUAAUAUUAUUAUUAUUUAUUUAAAUCAUUCAUAUAAAAUUAUCCUUUUUUAUCAUCUAUGUGCCAAUUUAAUACAAAAGGCCUCAGUUGUAUCCAUCUAAUUUAUUUUAUGAAUAUAUUGUGAUUAUGAUAUUAAUUAUACAGCAACCAACAAUUAUGAUUGUCAUUACCCUUAUUAUCUUUCGUUAACUUUAAUUAAUUAAAAUACAUGGUCUUAUUUUUUAAUAUAAUUUAAUUGUGUAAGUUUACGGUACAAUAUAUAUUUAUUUUAGAUGUACUAUCAUAAAAAACGAUAAUGUUAAUUAAAAUAAAUAAUUUAGUAUUAUUAAUUAUUUAAAUAUCGUAGUUUUAGUCAACGUUUUAGUCAAAUUAAUAUGUUGGCUCAGGCAAACGAGACUUUUUAUAUUUCUUGACUAUGAUUAUUAAUUAGUUUUUUAAUUUCAUUAAUUAUUAAAAAAUUCAAUUUUGUAAUUAUGAAAGUUUGUAUAAUUGAUAAAUUAUAAUUUUUAUAUUUAUUUCACUAUUUAAAUAAUAUAUAUGUUAAGCUUUGUAAUAGGCAGUGUACUUUUAAUCUAAUUGAUAUGUAAAUUAUCGAAUACUUAGCCAUUGUUAUAAUUAAUUGUAAAUUAUUAAUUGCAAUGUAUAAAAAAAAAAUAAGUUUGUAAAAGAGCUGAUAUUAAGUCUGAAAGAUUUACGUGAGUUUUAUGGUUUAUAUAUUUAAAAAUGAAAAAAUUAAAAGAAAAAUUGUGGAAGCUAGACAGACAAUGAGUGAACAAUAAAUAAAACAUAAUGUAUCUUAUAAGUAUUAAAUACAUUUGAAAAUUAUUCAUCUUAAAAUUAUUUUAUAAAAUUUAUUGAUAUGCUUAUGCGACUUAAUGCUGAUCUAUUAUGAAUUAUAAUAAUUACUCUAGCGGAGUCAAUUUACAUCAAAUUACCGUAUUUUACCUUAGAAUAGAUAAAUUACAGUCAUUUAUAGUAAUUUACCGCAAUUUGGGGCAUUUUUGCCGUAACACGGUAAAAUACCACGCUUCACGGUAAAGUGCAGUAAAUCUGCGUGUUUACGGUGAAAUACCGCAAUGUUAUCGCAAACUUGCGAUAAAGUACCGCACUAACUGUGAAAUGUCGUAACUUUACUAAAAAAAUGCCACACUUUCACUGUAAAGUACCUCAUUAUUACAAUAAAUUUUUACGUAAAAUGUCGUAAUUUUCCGCAGAAUGCCGUACUUUACCUAAAAUACCGCAAUUGACGCUAGAAUAUCGUAUUUUACCGUAAUUCUUUCGAAUACCGUAAAUAAAGAUAAUUUAUUGUAAUUCAGAUCCGCCAGGGAAUUAAAUUUGUUGGGCUGUCAUUACUUUCAAAAACUUAUUAUAAUUAAUUGAUCGCAAUUGCUUUUGUGAUGAAAUUAAAUUGGUUGGAAUUGCUGCAUAAAUUAAUAAAUUAACUACCAUUUAAAAUAAUAGAUUUGAAAAUUAUAAAUAAACUUUACAGUUAAAUUAAUAAAAGUUUAAUUUUUAUUUCAUUUUUUUCAAUUUAUCGGAAAUUUUUCACUAUAAUUUAAUUUCAAUAGUAUUAAAAUUUCCAGUAUUAAAUUGAUUAAAUAUUUUUUUUAUACUAAUAAAUUUGUUGAUCACAGAAAAAUUUUACCUCACGUGUAAUAGAUUCGGUAUUUGUUUACAAGUGGGGGCCACCCUAUUUUAUUAUAGAUUCUUCAAUUAAAUUUCGUAAAAGUUGAAUUAUUAUUUUUUUUUUAUUGAAUUCAUACCGAUCACUUGAGUGAAAAAUUUUUGAUAAAAUUAAUUAAACAUGUUUUGUUAAAAAUCUUUGGAAUGCAUAUGAUUCUAGAGUAUGAGCCUGUAGGGACGAUUACUAAUGAUAUUUAUAAUUUUUAAAUCAUGAAAGUUCUCGCACGAAAAUUUUUUAUCUCCAACACUGAAAAUUGUAAUUGUUCUAAUAUUUUAGAGGGCAUGAUUUCAAUCCUUUUUCUCAUUUGAAGAAAUGGAUGGAAUCAUUUAUUUUUUACUCACACAAUAAACAAAGAUUUAUAAAUAAUUUUUUUCAAAGACAAAUCAAUAGUUUUAAAAAAUAAAAUUUUCGAUACUGAAGUUAGCCGACGUCUAAUCAUUUUUGGAUUAUUUUUUAAAACCAUAGAUUACAAAAAAAUAUAUAUUUAAGAAUUGCACCAACAAUUUUU